AUGGCUUCCAGUCGAGUCGAAGAGAUCUUGUUCCAGCAGUAUGAAGACACCGAUGCACCUCCUCCAUACAGGGCGACUGUGUCUACCAAGACAUUGUCGGACUGGACCACGACAAAAGAUGAUGGUCGGGUCGAUUUGAAUGUUGACUCCAGCCUCUACAAGACGCUGGCAAGAUGCGUCCCUGCCGUAGCGUCCGUUACCCACGAACCAGAUCCCAACUCAACUACCUCGUCAGAAUCACCUCGUAACCGUCGGAACUCUACCUCCAAGAUCCAGAGUCUGAGCUCAUCGCAAUCGGCUGUUCCCACCUUGAACAUCGUAAUACAAGUUGUCGGUAGCCGAGGCGAUGUACAACCUUUUAUUGCACUUGGGACAGAAUUGAAGAAACACGGGCAUCGAGUCCGCCUAGCCACGCAUGACACAUUUUCCGCAUUUGUUCGUGCGUCUGCACUGGAAUUCUUUCCCAUUGGGGGUGAUCCAGCUGAGCUAAUGGCGUAUAUGGUGAAGAACCCAGGGCUUAUACCAAGCCUCAAAUCGCUCAAGUCUGGCGAUAUUCAAAAGAAGCAAAAGAUGGUGGCAGAAAUCCUAAAAGGAUGCUGGCAAUCAUGUGUCCAAGCAGACCCUAUAACAGGGACCCCUUUUGUGGCCAACGCCAUCAUAGCUAAUCCGCCCAGCUUUGCACAUGUUCACUGCGCUCAAGCGUUGAGCAUUCCGGUCCAUCUGAUGUUUACCAUGCCAUGGAGUAACACUAGAGCGUUUCCUCACCCACUGGCGAACGUUAUCACGAAGAACACUUCGAUUGAUCCCGAAGUUGCAAACUACAUAUCCUACAGUGUGGUCGAGUGGAUGACUUGGCAAGGACUUGGAAAUGUUAUUAAUGAGUGGCGUGGUACAAUCGACCUAGAGCCCAUUACAGGUUCGGAAGGACCGAAUCUGCCAAAUACCCCCGGGAUUCCAUUCACCUACUGUUGGUCCCCAGCACUGGUACCCAAGCCUUCAGACUGGGGGUCCCAUAUUGGUAUGAUUAGUUUUUCCUCUUUGGUUUGCAGGAAGGCCGGACUAAUCUGCGCAGAUGUCUGCGGAUUCUUCUUCCGUGACCCACCUCUUUAUACUCCAGACUCCGAGCUACAGAAGUUCUUGGACAACGGCUCCGCUCCUAUAUACAUUGGAUUCGGUAGCAUAGUGCUUGAAAAUCCUGAUGAGCUUACCCGUAUGCUAUUGGACGCGGUGAAAGCGACCGGAGUUCGAGCCAUCAUCUCUAAAGGCUGGGGCGGUUUGGGUGGAAAUGGAGACCCACAGUACCAAGAUGACGACAUUCUAUAUCUUGGAGAUUGCCCGCAUGAAUGGCUAUUUCAGCAUGUGGCGGCAGUGGUCCAUCACGGUGGCGCAGGAACCACAGCCUGUGGACUACUUCACGGGCGGCCAACCUUCAUCAUACCUUUCUUCGGAGACCAACCUUUCUGGGGUACCAUGGUCGGAGCCGCCGGCGCAGGCCCAAUGCCCGUCUCCCACCAAUCGCUGACUCGCGAAUGUCUCAUCGAAGCAUUGGAAUUUUGCCUUACACCAGGUGCUUUGAGUGCGGCACAAGGUCUAGCAGCACAAAUGAGAGCCGAAGCCGGAGUUGCGGCCGCGGUACAGUCUUUCUACGAUAACCUACCUGUGAAAAAUCUUCAUUGCGACAUCCUUCCCAAGGAGCCAGCGGUAUGGCAAUACAAAAGCUCGAAGGGUGUUCUGAGACUAUCGAACUUGGCGGUUAGGACACUGGUCGUCAGCGCAAAAAUAUCGCCCGGAAAGCUAGAGCUAGCAAAGAAAGCAAGGCUGACACCAAUUCUCUGCUCUGAAAGGCUAGAAGUAAAACCGAUAAGGAUAGAAGCUUCACGAUACGAUCCUUUAAGUGCAGCGAUAUCUGCAGCCGUCACUAUGUCAAAAGUACUCCUGUAUGACACCAUGGACAUAGUCAGGAAACCGGUGCAAGCAUAUCAACAGUCCCGCUCUGGAGACGACGCAGUGGUCUCUGCCAGGAGCCAUAAUGUUGACCCAAGUAGUGCUCAACAGUGGUCAGCACACGAUUCAACUGGGUCCAGUGAACCAAGCGCGACGGAGAAGCGAGAGCAAAGAAGCUGCAUAGGCCCAGUAGCGUACAAGUCAGUCUCUUCUGUAGGAAGGCUAGCUGGACAUGUCACGCGAGCAACAUAUGUGGACAUGCCAUUGGCAAUUACUGAAGGUUUGCGAUCCGUUCCAUUGCUGUAUGGAGGCCAUGUCCGCGACUAUGGCUAUGUGACAGACUGGAAAUCAGGUUUUGCCAAGGCUGGCAAGCACCUGGCGUUCGGAAUUGCGGACGGUCUGUCUGAUCUUUGCAUGGAGCCAGUCCGGGGGGGCAGGAAAGAGGGCACCCUAGGCGUAAUCAAAGGCGUGGGCAAAGGCUUGCUUAGUGUUACCACAAAAGCGUCGUCAGCGGCCCUGGGUAUAGUCGCCUAUCCGGGACAAGGCAUAUACAGAAGCGUAAGGAAGGCGAAUCACUCGGCGACAGGUGAUUCCGUUGCACAGGCACGUCAUCGACAGAGUGAACACCAGUUUGAGGUUUUGAGAGAUCCUGAUGUUACAAUAGCGGAUGCUGUGGCUGCCUUUGAAUCAUUUCGACAAUGA